CCUCACACAAUGUCGUCCUCCUCCAACGCCUCGCUCCUCACGCGCCCGACUGUGCCUUUCGCCGAGGCCGCAUGGCACGCCGGCCUGCCCAACCCGUACUACACCAAGCGCUCGCACUACGAGCUGCGCGAGUGGCUGCUCAAGUGGGUCGCCGACAACCUGAUGGACAUUGCCGACGAGUGGGAGGACAGCUCGGAUGAGGAGCAGCGCAAGGCCCUCUUCCAAAAGUUUGUCGAUGCAGGCUUCAUGCUGCCGUUUGCUCUCGGCGUCAAGAUCCCAGAGCGCUUCUACAAGAUGGCGGGAGGGCUGAAGCUGCCCGGCAACGUCGAGCCUAGCGACAUCAUGCUCGACGAGCUCAACCGCUGUGCCUCCAACGGCCUCGUGAUGGGCAACUACGGCGGCACCGCGUACGGCGCCGGUCCUAUCGUGCACUUUGCCUCUCCGGAGCUGCAGGAGCGCAUCUUGCCCGACAUCCUUACGGGCAAGAAGCGCAUCUGUCUCGCCAUCACUGAGCCGAACGCGGGCUCGGAUGUGGCUAACGUCAGCACGACGGCGAAGCUCAGCGCCGACGGAAAGUACUACGUGGUGAAUGGCCUGAAGAAGUGGAUCACGAACGGCAUCUGGUCCGACUACUUCACGACGGCGGUCCGCACCUCCGGCAAGCCGGGCGAGCACAAGGGCAUCUCCUUCCUCGUCAUUCCGCGCACCAAGGGCGUGAGCACCAAGGCGAUGAAGAUGCAGAGCGCCGGCAGCGGCACUACCAUCUUCGAGAUGGACGACGUGCACGUGCCUGUGGAGAACCUGGUCGGCAAGGAGGGCGAGGGCUUCAAGUACAUCCGCAUGACGAUCGUCUACGUUGCCCUGCGCUUCGCUCGCGGUGACAUCGAAGACGCCACAAACCACGCCAACCGGCGCGUCGUGUUCGGCAAGAAGCUCAUUGAGCAGCCAGUCGUGCGCCACCAGCUGGCGCAUAUGGCGCGUGAGGUCGAGGCACUGCAGGCCUGGACCGAGUCGCUUGUCUUCCAGCAGAGCAAGAUGACCAUCGAGCAGUCCAACGUCCUCACUGGCGGUUCCGCCGCCUUGCUCAAGGCGCACUCGACGAUCGUCCUCGCCAACGUCGUGCGCGAGGCCGGCCUGCUGCUGGGCGGCAUGGGCCUGACCAAGGGCGGAGCUGGCGCUCGCAUCGAGCGCAUCUACCGAGAGGUCAAUGCAUUGAUGACGCCUGGCGGCGCGAGAGACGUCAUGCUCGACGCUGGUAUCAAGCAGGCGAUCAAGACGAUCCGCAUCGACCCGAGCAAGCUCUGAGCGUGAGCGCACUGUGCUUCUGCUCCGUCUCCGUCGUCUUCAUCACCGUUUCCAUCUCAAUGAUCUCCGCGAGCGCGAAGCGCUCAGCAAUAUAACUCGUCAUCUGCGCGACGCC